ACAAUCACGGAAAACAGUCGAUAAGUUUGUGAGAGCAGACGAUAGUCUUGUGCUGAAUGACAGAAUCUUCAACAAACGUGUGGUCAAUAGAGGAGCUUUCUCAGUUGGAAGAUGAAACUUCGAUCGAAAAGCGGAUCAUUUUAAUUGGUGGGAAGUUGGGGACACUAGAAACAGCGAUUGACGUCCUACAGAUCCCCCGCUUCCAAAAGGAGAGGAAAAUGUCACCGUUAUGAGGAACAUUCUGUCGGACAAAAACGGACCGGCUAGGAUCGCAAUUGCACUUACAAAAACAGCACCAUCUAUUGUAGACAAAGAGGACGAUUUUGAGUUUAUAACUGACCAACUAAAUGAUUGGUUUAUCUUCGUUCAGAGAAAACUCAGGCGUCCAGUAGCAAAACUGGAUGUGACAUUGCUGGUUGAAUACUUUAAUGAAAUCCUGUUGACACAGGAUAUCGCAAAUCAACAGUGGAUUGGACUAAACGUAAGGAAUAUAUUGGUUAAUCUUUUGAAUUUUCUGAGCAUCUCUGAACAGACGGAAUAUGUUGCAAAGCUUGUACAAGAGCUUACGCAACCUUUAUCCGACACCAGCAAGAACAAACAAGUUCUAGAAAUGCUGAAAAAGUUGGGUGGGCGUGGAAGAUGUGGGAUAAUAAGACGAUCUGAGAAUAAUGCCAUUCUUUAUCAUCUUGUUAGCAUAUGCUUAUCACAGAAAGAAAGAAAUCCAGAAAACGUUACUCAGGUGUCUCUAAAGUUGCUGAUAAUGCUAUACGAGUCACCUCAUUACAUAAAGGAGCAUCAGGCUAUGAAGACAAAUGAAUUUGUACAAUUUUUAACCCGAGGCCAAGCAGCGGAUAAAUAUAACGAUGAAUGCAACAAGAUCCUCAGGUUCUUGAUGUUCAAUGAUCCUAAGAAUGACGUAUUGAGACUACACAUACUUGAUGCUGAUAAACACACACCUUUGUUGGUGGCAUUGGCGAAAAAAAUGAAUAAACAGGAAAAGAAAGAACGAGAUGAAAAGAAUGGUAAAGACAAAGAUAUUGGGAAACUACUCGCCAGACACAACUGCUGUAUAAGUAAAAGUAAGAAUGCCUCAUUGAUCACUUUGGGAUUCUUUGCCAUGAGCUAUCUUAAAGACACGUUCUUUGAUCUGGUUCUAGCUGCAGAUAAGAUUAUAUUCAGGAAAGGAAACCCAGUUCUAGCUUGGUUACUCCUUGCAUUCGCAAUAUUUCCUCUUCUGGUAUGCAACGUUGUCUCCCUCAAGAAUUUCUACUCAUCCACUCCACUUUCGGUCUUUGUUUCUUUGGAAGGUCACGUACCUCGCUAUAGACUGCUGAAAUACGUAUUUCCUUGGCAAUUCGACAGCGUGAAACAUGUAGUGUUUAACCUGCUGACUUUCCUUCAGCUCCAACCGUUAAUUACUGUCGUUGAUCAUCUUUACCAUCAUGUGCAGUCUAUAGAAAAUAUAUUGAAAUCACAGUACAACAUACGGAAAGUAAAAUGCCUUGAAAGUAUGUUGGAGAACAUACCUUGUCUGGCUAUCAAGAUAGUUCAAGUUGCUACACAAAUCGAAGAAGGACACUUCGAUUGGACUUCAACAUGGAAUAUCUUUGAAAUUGUAUCCAUGGCCAACUCACUUUAUUCCCUGAGCAAAUCUUUUCUUGAUUUCGAGAAGGCAGCGAGGUUUGUGGAUUACGAUAUGUAUCAAAUACGACUGAAAUCACAGAAAGCCAUGGUGUUCUUUGGAUACUUGACCAUGAUAAGCUCUAGGAUGCUCCUCUUCUUGAUACUAGCAAGAUUUGAACUAUGGGUUCUCAUUGUUGCUGUCUCGAUACACAUUUUGGUGACCUUCCUAAUCAACCUUUUUACCUAUCACGUUAAGGCUGAAAAAGACGGAUCCGAGGAUGAACAUUUCGUGUUUCUAAGAAGAUUCGACUUGAGACUAAUUCCAUUCGCACUAUCAGAGGGUUUCUUGGUUCUGCUGAGGAGUCCUAUGGAGUAUAUUGGGAUCUAUCCAAACUUUCAAUAUGCCAGGAGAAGAUGGCAGUUUUUCGGAAUAUACUUCAUGCAUCUGACUGAAAUUUUGAUGAUAAACCUGUGCUUUUUGUUCCUCAAAUUGAAUAAUGCAUUACACAGACAUCAGGCGAUGUCCAUUAUUAGCAUAGUCAGCAUGGGACUCUACAUACUCAGCGGACUCUUCUUUGCAGUAUACUUCUUUGUGGUGCAUCCAAAGAAAAAAGAGAGUUCCAAAUUUGUUCCAAAGAACAAAAGUUUGGAAUUACAGCUAAUUGAACCGGAGCAUGAUGAUGAUUGGAGGAAAAAGCCUUGCCUAAAAGUUAAAGAUAUCUUCAAUAUAAAUGGGACGACAUUGCCUAGUCCAGACGACAGGAAUCCUUAUAUUGGACUUAAUUCCGAAACAGAGGAAUUCGAUCCCAACAACGAUACAGGCAAUAACACUUACAUCAAACAAAGAAGCAAAUUCAAAAUCAACGGCAAAAAGGAUUUAAUUAACAUUUAAGAGACACGGUUCUCGAGAAUCGAUUAUCGGGAUUAUUGCCUCAAAUUCAGAGCAGUUAAUUGCAACCGGCUAAAGCAGUGAUUCAGUGAUUGGUGUUAUCUUAUUCAUUUGACAGACUAAGUGUAUAAUAAGUGUACAAAGUGAUUUUAAUCUUUUUAUUCUACA